UCAUCCAAACAAGCAAAAACUUUGAUAAGGCUGAGAAGAUAAAAUUUGUUCUUACAGUCGCAUUUCUCAAUUCAGCUCAACCUCUUCUGCCUUCAAAUUCAUUGCUUCCAAUCCUCUGUUUCGAUGAAUUCUAUGGUUUUUCAAGCUUUUCAAGACAAGGAAACAUUCUAACCGUGAUUAGUCUGACAACUAACCAUGGUUAAGGAGGAGUUCGUUGGUCAGUUUACAAUCUCGAGUUCCGGCUAUGGAGGAAGACCGUUCGUUAUCUGAGAUCCAUCGACAGCCAUUGAUUUACAGCCACGAAACUGUGUCUGAUUCGAUAAAGCAUAUCCAAAUCAGAAACGCUUCAUGAAACUGAAGCUGCUGCGCUGGUCCAGCCAUGGCGGAAUUUAAGGAAACUCCGAAGACUGUAAUAGCCAGACCUGUACCAUGUCGACCUUCCCUAUCCUGUCCGAAUCGCUUCCAGCCUCCUCCUCCACCUCCAGAUCAACUAAACAGUAUUACUAAUUCACCAUUUUCUGAGACUCAGACUGAAACUGAAACUGAAACUUCAGCUGCUGCUGUCAUAAGGCCGAGGACUCUGCGGUUAGUUAAGCCUGUCGAAUCGUCCAACGUUGUCGAGGCUAAGGACCAUCGGUCUGAAGAGUUCAUUGUCGGAUCGAAUGUGGUGUACAGACCAAUCGCCAAGGUGGUUUCGAGGAAGGCUGUCUCCCUCUUGGCAAAUUUGGGCGGAGGACAAGGUAUAGGCUCGAGACAAGACAUCAUCGAUCCUACAGGCGCUUCCAUCCAACAAUCGACCCACGAUAAUCCCGAACCAUUCCAGCUGCCAUUUGAAGCAUCAAAUGCAGACGUCGAAGACAAUGGCAAAACGUCGAUGUUCCCGCAAUCGGGAGAUCCCUCGGACAAUCACAGCUGGCGAAAAUAUGGGCAGAAACACGUCAAAGGAAGCAAGAAUCCUCGGAGUUAUUACAAAUGCGCGCACCCGAACUGUCCGGUGAAAAAGAAGGUUGAGAAAACCUUGGACAGCCGGAUUGCCGAGAUUGUCUACAGCGGUGAACACAACCACUCGAAGCCACAGCUCGUCGAUUACUUCACAAACGCGCCGAGACAAGAAUUCGACGAGGCUCGAAAUAUUGUAAGAAAUCUUACACAUGUGAAUCUGCAGGACGGCUCUGCUCCAGCUUUGUCCUCGACUUCGAAUGAUUCUCGGGGUGGAUUUGAGGAGGCGAACGAGUCUUUGGACAGCAAAUUCAGAAGCUGCAAAAGAACGAGAUGCGGGAGCCAUUUACCGGGAGCCUUGUCGGAACCUCGGCCGGUUCUCCAUAACACGGCAGAUUCCGAUAAUGUCGGGGAUGGAUUUCGCUGGAGAAAGUAUGGACAGAAAGUUGUGCGGGGAAAUCCAUAUCCAAGGAGUUACUACAGAUGCACGAGCGCCAAAUGCAAUGCGAGAAAGUACGUCGAGAGGACAUCGGAAGAUCCCGAGAGUUUCAUUACAACGUACGAGGGCAGGCACAACCACACGGCCGUUACGGAGACAGCAGCAGCGACGACGAAGAAGAAAUCGACAAAGAGGAAGUGUGAAUCUCCAGCAUUUGGAAUUCGUAAAUUUUGAUUUCUGCAGUGUUUGUUGCAGAUCCAAAUUUGCUAUA